AUGUUGAGUCGAGAUGCAGCAUGGAGGGCCGUAACCUCCUUCUUCGAGACCGUGAUUGUCAAGAAGGAGGCUGCUGAGAGGGAUCGAGAGAGAACAGAUCCCUCUCGGAGACGGGGUCACCGAGACGAGGGUACACCUCGUUACGGUCCUCCAUACAUAAAAGGUGUUCCCCUACCGGAAACGGGGCCUCAGGGAUCGCGGGCAACUGGGCCGCUU